GGAUCAACCUCAAAGAUCCAUCUGAAGACGCAGUGGGUCGCCCAGGAAAUCCCUUGACAGUUGAAUAUUUUGACUACUCUAGUUCUUAGUUUUGAUGUUAUUUCGUUUUUUUUGUCUUGUUUUAUUUUCAAUUAGAACGUUACAGACGAACAUCUCUUCAAUAGGCUUCCGGUAGAAGCUUUUUCGGGGCUAUUAGUUAGGCUACUUACAGUUGUAUCGACUGGUCUCCAGAAGUGAAGAUAAAGGAAACGGAAAAGGAAAGUGUGAGGAGACGGAAGGCAAUACAUACCUUGUACAAAACAACGACCUGUAGGAUUUAAACAAAAAAUAUAUGUGUUCAUGUUAAUCCUAUCAAACAGAAAAUAGAAGUCUUCAGUCUAACAAAUAUGAAAUGACAUGCAUUUCAAAGCCAGCGCAGACUUAAACUGCUCUCGAAUUGGAUUUGUAGUUGACACGUUUUUUUUAUAUAUCUCGUUGUAGUUUAUAUUUUUGUAUCAUUAUUUUAUUCCCAUAUAUGCGGAAUAAAAUAUCUUGCAAUGUGCGGAUUAAAAUAGUUGGUUUUGAUGGAACAAAGAUACUUGCUAUGUUUAUUUGAGACAAUAAAAUAGAUAUAAUUACGACCAAAAAUAAAGUUUCAGCAAUAUAUCUAGUAGGCCUACUUGUGUCCUUCGGUAAUUGUAAUGCAAAGUUGAUGUGACAUAUAGGCUACACAAGCACUCUUGAUGUAUAGGCAUUACAUGCAUUGAAGACAAAAGCAGAGACACCUGCCACUUUGUCCGGGACUUCGCGAGCUUCGAUUCAGACACUGUUUUCUCCACAGGCUACACCAAAAAACAAUAACGGUCAAGUGACAGAACCUGAACAGAGAUCUUUUUUUCCGGUUGCGAAAUGUUGUUCUCCAAAGUGGACUAUAGCAAAGUUUCGGUCAGCAAACUACAGUGAGCUAUAUGAAGAUCGAGACACAGAUUUUCCCUCGCAGAAAUGCCAGUGCGAAUGCCAGUGCGAACCACAAGGUUCAUGUACAAGGGAAAUUGCACUAUUCCAGAUAUCCUAUCAUACCGGACCCCCAUUAACCUGCCCGAGGAUGAGGUGGAAGAGAUCCGUGAGGCCUUCAAGGUGUUUGACCGAGAUGGAAACGGAUAUAUCUCAAAGCAGGAGUUGGGGGUGGCUAUGCGGUCACUGGGAUACAUGCCCAAUGAGGUGGAGCUGGAGAUUAUUAUCCAAAGGCUGGACAUGGAUGGUGAUGGCCAGGUUGACUUCGAGGAAUUUGUUGCACUGCUUGGACCUAAACUUAUUGCUGCUGGGAUGCCUGAUAAGUUCCAUGGGGCGGACUUUGACUCAGUAUUUUGGAAGUGUGACAUGUCGAAGCUGACAGUGGAUGAGCUGAAGAGGCUACUGUAUGACACCUUCUGUGACCACCUCACCAUGAAAGACAUUGAGAACAUCAUCAUGACCGAAGAGAGCCACCUGGACAGUCAAGCGUGCCAAGUGGACAUUGACACCAGCCCAACACAACAGAAGCACACAUGUGUGCGGAAGAGCCUGAUUUGUGCCUUCGCCUUUGCAUUUAUCAUCAGCGUAAUGCUUAUUGCAGCUAACCAGAUGCUUCGUAGAGGUAUGAAGUAGAAAGCCCCGUCCUCCACUACCAGAAGGGUUGUUUCCUUUGUUAUCCUUUCACACUCAACCCAGUGACUAAGCAUAGACAAAUUGAACUGAUAGAUAGGAACCAAAAUAACAUGUCAUUUUUUUCAGAGACAUAUAUUUAAUGACCAUUCUGUCCUGAGAUCCAUUUAGAGCCAAAACACAGACUGAACACCCUGAUACCAAAACUGUCAACUGAACUAAUGGACAGAGGCCAGGAACCUGAGGAACAAAAUGUCUUGUUUGCCCUUCACCAUUAGUUUCAGAUGUUCUGAAGGUUACCACCAAACACACUGUAUCAUACACAAAAAGAAAGAACAAAUACUAAGCAAUUAUACAAUCUCUUUGAUUCGACUCACCAUAAUGUUGCCCUAUACCAUUCACAAGGUAAUUUAUUAGCCUUCUAUUUCCUAUGAGAUAAAUGAGUAAAGCUGCAGUGUCUGUGCUCUAUUGCUAACCAUGUUGUCUGAAACAUAUCGACAUUACUAGUGUAUAUCACGUAGCAUUACAGCCUGCCCUUGCAAAGCACGUAGCCAACGGCAUUUUUUCCCCUACAUACAUUUGUAUUCAACAGCACAUAAAGAACAUGCACAGUACAUACACAACAUAACUCUGCAGUACCAACGGCAGUUUCUAAAGAAAGUAUCCUACCUGUUGCAGAGAAGGAAUUUAGAGAUGUGGAGAUAUCAUUUGGGGAAUUUAGAGAUGUGGAGAUAUCAUUUGGG